GACAUUCAAACACAGUUAUAUGAAAGAAAAAAAAUGGUCAACUUAUUAGUAUCCUUCUGGUUUGUGCUCAUAAACUCUGUCUACGCAAAUACUUGCUUUAACAGAUCUGGUUUCUUCGCACCCAAUGGAACUUACGACGUAAACCGCCGAGUCAUGCUCUCCUCCCUUCCUUCUAACGUCACAGCCAACGAUGGCUUCUAUACCACGUCGGCUACCGGACAAGAUCCGAACAGAGUAUACGGUUUAGGGAUGUGUGUCCCAGGUACUGAAGCACGAUCUUGUUUUGAUUGUAUCAUGGCUGCCUCUAAUGGUUUGGUGCAGAAUUGUACUACUCAGAUAGAAGCUAUAGACUGGAGGAUUUAUAGAACUGCACUUUGUCUUGUACGCUACUCAAACCGCUCGUUUUACGGAUCGCUCGAUUUGGAAAUAAUACGGGAUGGAUACAAUACAAGAGAUUUUCAACCUAACGCUACGGACUUCGAUACGACAUUGGAGGCUUUGAUGAUUGGUUUAAUAGACGAUGUUCCUUCUUCGUACUACGCAGCCGGAACACAAACACUCGAGUCUUCCAACACCAAUAUAUACGGGUUUGUGCAAUGCAGUAGAGACUUAUCUAUUGAAAACUGCACCAAGUGUCUAGAAGAAAAUGUGAUCGAGUAUAGAUCAUGUUGCUCUGGGAGACAAGGAGGCAUUAUUUCGAGGCCGAGUUGUUUCGUUCGAUGGGAGAUUUUUCCGUUCUUGGAACUUUUCGAUAACAGUCCUCGUCGUGAAAAGGAUGGCAAAGGUGUUUCUACAGGAACUAUUGUGGCAAUUGUCAUUGUUCCUAUCUUAUUGCUUUCUCUAGGAUUUGGAAUUUGGAGGAGGAGAAAAUCGUACAAAGCAUUUACUACUGAAAACGGUUAUUUCUCUACUGCAAAGAGAUUAAAUAAGACUUACAAUACUGCACCGCCAGAUAAUGCUGGGGAUGAUAUUACAACUUCAGGUUCACUUCAAUUUGAUUAUGAAGCUAUCGAAGCUGCAACAAGUAAUUUUCAUAAUACUAACAAGCUUGGUCAUGGUGGGUUUGGUGAAGUUUACAAGGGAACGUUUCCGAAUGGAACAGAGAUUGCUGUGAAAAGACUAUCUAAAACUUCAGGACAAGGUGAAAGAGAAUUCAAGAAUGAGGUGCUUCUUGUAGCUAAACUUCAACAUAGAAAUCUUGUUAGGCUUCUUGGGUUUUGUGUCCAAGGAGACGAGAAGAUAUUAGUCUAUGAGUUUUUGCCCAACAAGAGUCUUAACUACUUCCUCUUUGCCUCCACAAAGAGGAGCCAAUUGGAUUGGACAAGACGAUACAAGAUCAUUGGAGGGAUAACUCGAGGGAUUUUGUAUCUUCAUCAAGAUUCGCGGCUGACAAUCAUACACCGUGAUCUCAAAGCCAGCAAUAUUCUCUUAGAUGCGGACAUGAACCCAAAAAUUGCGGAUUUUGGUAUGGCUAGGAAUUUCAAAAUGGACCAAACCGAAGAUAACACAAGAAGAGUUGUUGGAACAUUCGGUUACAUGCCACCCGAAUAUGUAGCGAAUGGGCAGUUCUCAACGAAGUCAGAUGUGUAUAGUUUUGGAGUAUUGAUUCUGGAGAUUAUUGGUGGCAAAAAGAAUAGUAGCUUCCACGAGAUAGAUGGUUCAACAGGCAACUUGGUUACAUAUGUAUGGAGGCUUUGGAACAAUGAUUCAUUGAUGGAACUUGUAGAUCCGGUCAUAGGAGUUAACUAUGAUAAGUAUGAAGUCAUCAGAUGCGUUCAUAUUGGGUUAUUAUGCGUUCAAGAAAAACCAACAGAUCGUCCAAGCAUGUUCACAAUAUUUCAGAUGCUCACUAAUACUUCAAUUACACUGCCUGUGCCCCAACCUCCUGGGUUUUUCUUUAGAGUCAGAUCAGAGAAUAUCCCAUUAGCUGAGAGCUUUCAGCCUGGUCCGUCCACUUGCAUGUCCAUUGCUUGUUCUGUAAAUGAUGUAUCGAUUACGUGUGUUAGUCCUCGUUGAAGGGCAGGCUAAUGUUUAAUAUAUACAUAUUCUUUCAUAAACCGAGUAUAAUAAUGAAACCUAGUGAAGUAACUUGGCUGAGAGUACAUGCACCUGUUUUUCCAGC